GGGGGUGAAGAGACAGAGACACGCAGAGAGAGUAUGACUCAUGGUAAUGGUGUGAGUUUGGGGUGACUGUGCAUGUGUGUGCAUGUGUGUGCAUGCUUGUAUGUAUGUGUAUGUGUGUGUGUUGUGUGCGGGAUGGGGGGCCGGGUCUGUGACUGGGAGCGAGUGUAGCGACGGAGGCAGCUGACGCCCGGAGAGUUGGCGCGGCUGGGUGAGGACGUGUUGUCGAUGCCGAUUGGAGGAGCACACGGAAGUUUGCACACGGCAUGGGACUCUGGAUCUGAUUCUGAUGAAGACGACACGGACAAGGUGGUGUGGGAGGUGUGGAACCUGCUUGACUCGUACCAUGAGCAGUCGGCCAUCAAGACACACGUGACGAUGAAGCCGCUGGAGGGCCUCAUCCGGUCGCGGUCGCGGUCGCGGACCAAGGGCCAGGACAAGACGACGAUCGGCGCCGGAUACAAGGGCCCGCACCUGCCCGAGGUCCUGACGCUCGAGUCGGUCAUUGCCAUGCUCGACCACUUUCGGACUGGGCGUCAGCUCCACUACGUGUACGCCAAGCGGCUGCUGAAGGAGGCGACGCACAUUCUUCGCGACCGGGCGACGAUUGUGGACAUUCCGGUCAAGAAGACGGUGACGGUGGUGGGUGACAUCCAUGGGCAGCUCCGCGACCUGCUCAAGAUUCUCUCGCUCAACGGCUACCCGUCCGAGGACAACGUGUACCUCUUCAACGGGGAUUUUGUGGACCGCGGUGACCAGGGCACCGAGGUCUUUCUCUCGCUCUGCGCUUUUCUCAUUCUCAUGCCCAACGCUGUCUUUCUCAACCGCGGCAACCACGAGACGCUCGAGAUGAACCAGACGUACGGGUUCAUGAAAGAGGUGAAGCGCAAGUACGACAAGGCCAUGUUCCAGCUGUUCCAAACCACGUUUUGCGCGCUGCCACUCGGCUCUGUGGUGGGCAACAAGAUCUUUGUGGUCCACGGCGGACUCUUUCACCACGUCGACCUCCCGCUCUCUGUCCUCCGCAAGAUCCGCCGCGAGGUCCAGCCGGAGCUCGGGCGGCUGUCGAGCGUGGAGGACCAGAUCAUGGAGGAUCUGAUGUGGUCGGACCCGAAGGACUCGACGGGCAUCACGCCGAACAGGCAGCGCGGUGCCGGCGCCCUCUUUGGGCCCGACGUCACCGAGCAGUUCCUCGAGGCCAACGACCUCUCGCUCCUCAUCCGGUCACACGAGAUGAAGGAGCGCGGGUACGAGGUGGCGCACGGCGGCCUCCUCGCCACCAUCUUCUCGGCCUCCAACUACAACGGCGCACAGAACCACGGAGCGUAUGGAGUCAUCUCGUCGUCGCUCGAGGUCAAGAUGAAGAAGUACUCUACGCUCACCGCCGAGGAGGUCCCGCCGCCCGAGGAACGGACCGCCAUUCUCAUCAAGGCCGUCCAGGACCGGCUCACCGAGCUCGUCUGUCAGCACCGAGUCGAGCUCGUGUGGUACUACGACGCGCUCGACGUCGGGCGGACCGGUAAGGUCUCGCUUCCUCAAUGGGCGCAAGGCAUGCAGUUUGUGCUCCAGCUCGAGCUGCCGUGGAAGAAGAUCUACGGCUUCCUCCUCGAUGCCGACUGUGUCGAUGAUGAGACCAACGAGGUGUGGUACGUCAAGUUCCUUGAGAAGAACAAGAUCGAUGUCGGCAACGUCGACUGGGGCCAGGACAUCAUCAACAAGGUCAACCGCAAGAUCUACGAGACGUGCCGGACGGCUGAGGCCGCGUUCCAGUACUUUGACGCCGACGGCGACGGCGUCAUCUCGUGCUCCGAGUGCGCGUCGACGCUCCUCGCUCUUGACAUUGGCCUCAAUGACCGCCAGAUUUACGAGUUUAUGCGAAGCGUCGACUCGGACAUGGACAACUCGGUCAGUCUGGCCGAGUUCCGCUCGCGCUUUGAGGUCGUUUUUGCCUCGGACGGCUCGGUCUCGGACGACUGGGCGCAGACGCUGGUCAAUGAGAUCGGCAAGCGGCUCUUUGAGCACGAGGCUGACCUCUCCGAAAUCUUCCACAAGUUUGAUGCAGACGAGUCGGGCACCGUCGACAUCGAGGAGUUUGGUCGCAUCGUGAAAUACCUCGGCUACACCCUCACCCCCGAGGAGCACGACCGCCUCAUGGCCUUUGUCGACACCGAUGGCUCGGGCCACCUCGACUACGAGGAGUGGCUCGCGGCCUUUGCCGUUGUCGACGCUGCCGACUCGACCCACUGGCAGGAGAACGUCAUGCAGCAGAUCAACUCGGUCCUCUACCGCAACAAGGAUCACCUCCAGCGGAUGUUCAACAUCUUUGACGUCGAGGACCAAGGCGUGCUUCCGCCCGAGGACGUCCGUGUCGGCCUCGCCACCCUCAACGAGCUCCUCUCCUCGCCGUUGACAGAGAUGCAGAUCGACGUCCUCCUCAACGCCCUCGAGAAGGAUGACAGCGGCCACAUCAUCUACCAGCCCUUCCUUGACAACCUCCGCAUUGUCAACACUGACAAGAAGGCCACAAAGUACUUUGAUCAGAGUGGCUCCAGCACCAAGCGCCACCACAAGCACAAGAAGAAGAAGAAGAAGAAGGAGAAGGAGCGCCACGCCUAGUCGCCGUCCUAUCUCUCCAAGCUCCGUGCCCAAGCGCCACGCGUAGGGGGAUCGACUUCUCGGCGAGCUCCGUGCUCUUGCUUGUCAUGUAAAGUACUCGUCGUUUACA